UCUCCAAAAUCCCCAAAUCCAAAACCCCCAAAUUCAUCCCUCAUCCUAAUUAGGGUUCGCUCCAACCAAACCUCACUCUCCGACUCUUCUCUCCCCCCACUCUCACUCUUCUUCACCGAUUCCGAAUGAGAUGAAACUCGCGGGUCUCAAGUCCGUCGAGAACGCCCACGACGAGUCGGUGUGGGCCACCGCGUGGGUCCCGGCGACGGAGGCCCGGCCGGCGCUCCUCCUCACCGGCUCGCUCGACGAGACCGUGAAGCUCUGGCGGCCCGACGAGCUGGCCCUCGAGCGGACCAACGCCGGCCACUUCCUCGGCGUCGUCUCCGUGGCCGCUCACCCCUCCGGCGUCAUCGCCGCGUCGGCCUCGAUCGACAGCUUCGUCAGGGUCUUCGACGUGGACACGAACGCCACGAUCGCCACACUCGAGGCUCCUCCGUCGGAAGUCUGGCAAAUGCAGUUUGAUCCCAAGGGCACCACUCUAGCAGUGGCAGGUGGAGGUAGCGCAUCAAUCAAGCUUUGGGACACUGCCACAUGGGACCUGAUUGCAACACUCUCGGUUCCUCGUCCAGAACAGCCCAAGCCCUCCGAUAAAGGCAACAAGAAGUUUGUCCUCUCUGUCGCUUGGAGUCCUGAUGGGAAAAGGCUUGCCUGCGGUUCAAUGGAUGGUACAAUCUCGAUAUUCGAUGUGGCUCGUUCCAAGUUUCUGCACCACCUGGAAGGCCACUUCAUGCCAGUGCGAUCUCUUGUAUAUUCCCCAGUUGAGCCACGGCUGCUCUUUUCUGCAUCUGACGAUGCUCAUGUGCACAUGUACGAUGCCGAGGGUAAGUCCCUGGUGGGGUCCAUGUCUGGCCAUGCUAGCUGGGUAUUGAGUGUUGAUGUCAGCCCGGAUGGAGCGGCCAUUGCGACCGGUUCAAGUGACAGGACCGUGAGGCUGUGGGAUCUUAGUACGAGGGCCGCCGUUCAGACGAUGAGCAACCAUUCAGAUCAAGUUUGGGGGGUUGCCUUUCGACCAAUGGCGGGUGCUGGUGUCAGAGGUGGUGGUCGGCUUGCUAGUGUAUCUGAUGACAAGAGCAUAUCACUCUAUGAUUACUCAUGAAGGUAUUAUCAGCAUACUGUGAAAAGAUAAGUUCUUGAAGCUGCUGAUUGUUAACCUUUUGUUAAGAGUAGUCUGCAAGAGUUUUUCGUGAUUUCAGAUCAUUUUUAUCUGUAUAAUUAGUUGAAUAUUGAUAAAUUUUCAGAGAAAUGGCUCAAUACAUGGCUGAUCUGACGGGUGCCAUGAAUGUUAACUUGGAAGUCAAUUUGAUACCUGAAAUUUCUG